UCAACCCUAACUUGGACAGAAUUUUUCGAUUAACAUGAUUAAUACAUGUACAUGUGUAAAAUAGAACAACAAAAGUUGGGAUUUGAGCACUUACUCAAUAAACCCUAAAAACCUUGUGAUCAAACUGAGAGGGAAAUGGCUUGCAACAGCACAGGAGGAGCAUGUGGAUCAGACGGAGGAGGCGGAGGCUGCUAUAAAGACAACGCCGGAGAUGAAAACCGAAAACCAUCAACAAAUAUGAUUACUACAUGUCUCAAGUGUAAAGCAACCCAAGCCACAGUCUUCACCGGGGGAGACGGCGGUGGCAGGUUCUGCCCUGAAUGCUUUCGGAGUAAUCUUUAUGGAAAAUUUAAACUGGCAGUCACUUCAAAUGCCUUGAUUUCACCUACUGAUAAAAUUCUUGUUGCAUUCUCUGGUGGCCCUUCUUCCAGGGUGGCUCUUCAAUUUGUUUCUGAGAUGCAACUCAAAGCCCAGAAUAAUUUCAAUGCAACUGCAAAUAGAGAUAGGUCUUUGCCAGUGUUUGGUGUUGGAGUUGCUUUUAUUGAUGAGAGUGAAAUUAAUUCUGUCACUUCUAGCAAUUUGGACAAAGCAAUAGAAGACAUUAAAGCGAUUGUAUCCACUUUACCACCACCAACGAAAGAGUUGCAUGUAGUUCCUAUCCGAAACAUAUUUUCAACAAAAACCAAUGAUGGAAAAGAGAUGUUAAAGAAUUUAAUGAGCGCUGUUGAUGAUGUCACUGGAAAAGAUGAUCUGCUGACUCAUCUACGUAUGUUGUGUUUGCAAAAGAUUGCUAUUGAAAAUGGCUACACCAAACUUGUGUUAGGUUCAUGUACAUCAAGAAUAGCUUGCCAUGUACUUGCCGCAACAGUUAAGGGCCAAGGGUACUCCUUAGCAGCAGAUAUACAGUAUGCUGACGCAAGGUGGGAAGUCCCGGUAGUUCUUCCCCUACGUGAUUGUCCAUUGCAAGAACUCAACAUACUUUGCAAUCUUGAUAGCUUGAAGAUUGUAGAAAUUUUCAAUGAAUCUCGUGCUGGCAUCAAUGGCCUGAUCUCGUCAUUUGUGAAAAUUUUGCAGGAAGAAAAUCCUUCUCGAGAGUGUACAAUUGUAAGGACUGCUGGCAAGCUUACUCCCUUCCCAUUUAAUAGGAUACCGGAAGUGGAUGUAGAUGAUGCUAAUAUGGCAUCACAACGCCGUCAAAAGAAGUUUAAUCUAAGGCCUAUUGAAUCUCUUCCCCCCGAGUCUUUCUGUCCAAUUUGCAACAGCCCAAUGAGUUGUAAUAGUAAUCUCGAACCAAUGCGCGAACAUUUUAGGGCUGCAUGCUGCUCCAGUUGCCAGUAUCAGAUAUUGCCCGAGGAGCCAUCAUCCAUGGAAGAGUUCUAUUCAUUCUUACCAGAAUCUCUUAUUGCCCGAGCAAAAAAUGGGAACCAGAAAUGGAUAAGGGAAAAGAUACAAGAUUGUUUGCUCUUAGACGAUGAAGAUGAAAGUUGAUCUUCCUUCACUUAUUAGUCAACAUUGAGAACUUAUCCUAAGUGCUAAUUGACUUGUAGCUAGAUGAUAUAUUUGCUUGCUGCUGGUUAAUAUAUUCGUUUAAGUGGUAACCUAUAACAACAAACAAGUGUAUACGGUAUCUACCAGCAGUAUAUUGUUUGAUGAGAACCUCCUUUGAGCUUCAAAACCAGCUUUCCGCGACAGUUUUGUUUGACAUGAUUUUGUUGACUCGUCUCUAUAUAGAAUAAAAUCAAUGUAAGAUGAUUGUACUUUUUUUCACAUCAUAAUUAUAUUAUCUUCUUUUAGAAAGAAAACAGAAAAUUCAAAAGGUAA